AUGUCGUCCACCACGGCUGUGUUCACGUCGUCCCGUUUCACAAACCUAAUACCAUCAAAGUGUGUGCUUUUGAAGGGACCAUCGAGAGUCUUCGUGACCUGUGUUGGGCGCUGCACUAUCACUGACGUCCUUCACGUCAUCGACCUGGAAAUAUAUAUCGACAGUGAUACUGCGGCACUGUCUUCGACGGAGAUUCGAUGGUUGUAUGCGUUCCGAAAUCGCAAGGUCCUCGAGAUUGACUCGCAGUUGAAUGGUGAUUUCAACGACCACGAUUUCUGCGACAUGGCCACGCCGUGGCCUCGUCUGCGGCACCUCAGCUUUCGCGAUACCCAGGGCAUGAGUUUCAGCCCGCCCUUCGAGCCCAGCGGUACUCUGGCCGGACUUGCACAUUUCGCGAGGCACUGCCCGAAUCUGCAGACGCUGUCCGCCACCACUGACGCGGACGUGUUGCCGACCGCGAUUCCAGCGGAUGGAUGUGGACGGCCCCUAGCCAGGCUCGGGGAAUCGUGGACCACUCAUGUCGACUUGAACGAAUCGCCGCUCACGGGUGACACCAAGCAAGUUGCCGGGCUCCUUCUUAGCAUCUUCCCCAACUUGCUUGUGUAG